UAUAAGUUCACUGAAAGAAAUCCUAAAGAUUUCAUUGGUUAUGGCUGCUGGUGUGGAAUUGGUGGGGAAGGCAAACCCGUGGAUGAUUUGGACGGGCGAGUAUCUUACCUUUAUUAUGCUAGUUGUAGCUUCGAGAAGGCAGUGUACCUUAUGUCGUAUUCAGUAACCGGAGAUGGUGAAAAAACGAAAUGCAACCGGCCUUCGUCAUAUAUGAUUUAUGGCAAAUGUCGCAGCCUGUUGUGCAAAUGUGACCUGAUUGCUGCUCGAUGCUUUGCAAAGAGUUCUUACCAAGAGAAAUAUAGAAAAUAUCCUCAGGAGAAAUGCGGAGAGACUGAGGAGCGAUGAAAUGGCUGUCGAAGCUCGAGCCCUUUUUUGUCAUUGUAAUUAAUUCAAUGCAUAUCAAAUAAAAUAUUCACUAUGAACUAA